AUAAAUCUCACAGUUGACAAGUCCAGUAUCUUUCCUUCACCUUCACUGCUCACACUACUCUCUCUCUCUCUCUUGUUUCCUCCAUUGCAAACAAAGCUUUCUCUCCAGCUUUACUACAGACCCACCAAACUUCUUUUCUCCAUCACUAUGUAUUUUCUAUAUAUUCUUCUUUGAGAUACUCUGUUUUUUUUUUCUUGUUGGAUUUUGCUCUGUUUACUUCCCUUUCUCUCUGUUUUUCUCCAAAAAGGGAAAUAAAAAUGGAGCCUUUUUGCUGUUAUUGCCAUUGUUUAAAUCAAAAGAGAAACCCCACAUUCUAAGUGAACUUGUACGAGAAGCAAAAAAAAAAGACAGUUUUGGCAAGUGGAAGAUGGCAUCCGAGAGUUCUUUAAACGCUGAGAUGUCCAAGAAGAUAUCAUUUUUUGGUCUGAAGGGUCUGAAGCUAUGGGUAUGGGUUUGUUUAGUAGUUGGAGUGUUCAUAGUGAUGAUUCUCUGCAUCUUGUCUCUCUGGAUCACAUUCCGCCGCAAGUCUAGAAGAUCUUUCAACCAAAUACCACACGUGUCCAAAGACAUCAGAGUCGACAGGGCGGCAGGGUUUCAGAGCCACAACAACCCUCAACCCGAGAGUUUAUAUAUAGCAAUGAAUGACAACAAGUCCACGAUGAUGUCUCACUUGGCGAGAACCAAGUCUAGUGAUAAUGAUACUCUGAGUAGAUGCAGCUCUGUGAAUAACCACCAUGAGAGGGCUUGUAGUUCUCAUUCCGGUGAUGAAGCAGGCUUUGGAAGCGUUGGGAGACAGUACGGAGGAGGAGGGCUUGUGACAGCGUCUCCUUUGGUUGGUUUACCGGAGAUAUCUCAUCUUGGUUGGGGACAUUGGUUUACUCUUAGGGAUCUUGAGCUUGCCACGGACCGUUUCUCUGCUGAGAAUGUGAUUGGAGAGGGUGGUUAUGGAGUUGUUUAUAAGGGUAAACUCGCCAAUGGUACUGAGGUUGCUGUGAAGAAGCUUUUUAACAAUCUAGGACAAGCUGAGAAGGAGUUCAGGGUAGAAGUUGAGGCUAUUGGUCAUGUACGACACAAGAAUCUCGUUAGGCUUUUAGGAUAUUGCAUAGAGGGAGUUCAUCGGAUGCUUGUUUAUGAGUAUGUGAAUAGUGGUAACUUAGAGCAAUGGUUACACGGAGCUAUGAGGCAACAUGGAAGCCUCACUUGGGAGGCAAGGAUGAAGAUCCUUAUCGGUACUGCACAAGCGCUUGCUUACUUACAUGAAGCAAUAGAACCAAAAGUGGUCCAUAGAGAUAUAAAAGCAAGCAAUAUAUUAAUUGAUGAUGAGUUUAAUGCAAAGCUCUCUGACUUUGGGUUAGCAAAGCUCUUGGACUCUGGUGAGAGUCACAUCACUACCAGAGUCAUGGGAACCUUUGGAUAUGUAGCGCCAGAAUAUGCUAACUCAGGGCUGUUAAAUGAAAAGAGUGAUAUAUAUAGCUUUGGUGUUUUGCUUCUUGAAGCUGUAACUGGACGAGAUCCUGUUGAUUAUGGACGUCCUGCUAAUGAGGUGAAUCUUGUUGAAUGGCUGAAGAUGAUGGUUGGAACAAGAAGAGCCGAAGAAGUUGUUGAUCCAAGACUUGAACCUAGGCCAAGUAAGAGUGCUCUGAAACGUGCACUUUUGGUUUCACUUAGAUGUGUUGAUCCUGAAGCAGAGAAACGUCCUAGAAUGAGUCAGGUUGUGCGGAUGCUUGAAUCCGAAGAACACCCUUUUGGACAGGAGAGGAGGAACAGAAAGAGCAGAACCGCAAGCAUAGAGAUUGUUGAGACUAAAGAUGGAUCUCUUUCUCCUAGUGGCACAGAGACUCACAUUACAAAAGCCUGAGAAGACUUGUGGAUAAGAAAUAGCUAUUACACUCGGUUCUAAAGAAGCUUCUUCAAGUCUUGAAAUGCUCUGUGUCUCCUUAGCAUAGUGAUUGAAUGAUCGACAUAACGUUUGGUGCUUGUGGAGAGAUGGCAAUGAUUAAACCCUCUCUGAUGAUGAUAAAAAAAGAGCCUGUCGAGUGUGUAGUUGCUGCAAUCUCUGGAGGCGUUUUGUUGUUUUGUUUGAUAAAAGUAUUCAUGUCUUGGUUGUACGGAUCUUUUUGUCAGUCAAAAGACGUGUGUUCAAAGGUUU